AUGGAUGAUACCUUCGCCGUCAUCAAACGGUAUCAGGCGCUCGCAUUCAAAGAAGGUACCAACGCCGUCUUCUCGGACAUUCAAUCUACCAUGGAAAAGGAGGUAAACAACCAGCUGGCCUUCCUGGAUGUUUACGUUUGCUACAAAGAUUGUGGUGGCCAAAAAUAGAGUUUUCAGGAAAGCUACAAAUAUGACGCAAGUACUGAACUACAACAGUAACCACCUGAUCAGCCACAAAGGAAGUUGGGCAAGGGCGCUGUAACGGCACGUUGAAAGUCAUUGCAGUGAAACGGCAGACAAGGUUGCUCAAUUACAAUAUUUUCGACUACUACUGAGAGCUACUGGCUACCCGCGCAACUUUGUCAACCAGUGCAUAUGCAAACGGCACAAGAGACCAAAUCCGACCCAAAAUUUUGGUGAGCUCUUCCAUGCGUAAAGAACGUCCCGCAGUCAGUUGCCUUCUCAACCCACUUGGUUGCACACAAACCGGAUGAAGCCAAAAAGCGCCAGGUCAUGAGGCCGAAAGACCCACUGCCACAGCAGGAAACGUCCAGAGUUGUUUACCGGAUCUGGUGCGGUUGAGGACAGAGUACGUCGCAGAAACUGGGAGAUUACUCCGGAUGCGGAUGGCCGGACAUCUAAGCAGCAGUGAGGAGGAAGGACGAUAGCUCUCGGGUGGUGGCUCAUGCGACGGGACCUGGCCAUAUUUUUAAGUCUCAAAGGGCCGAAAUCCUCUAAAGGGGUGACAACCUCGUGAGCAGUGACUUGCUCAAGCCAUGGUUCUCAGGCCUGCAAUCCAUCAAUAAGCGCAAUGACCUUUAGUUACCAUAUUCGGUGCUGAGACUUUCCUAGGCAGGGGAAUCGGUCACAUGAGGACGGCUCGGGCAAGCAACAAUUUCAGUAACACCGAGCCAAAUUGCAGAGUUGUCAUCACGCCAACAUCCGAUACGGACGAUGAAAUCGCGGCCAUUAACGACUCGUACGGGGACUGACGAGCUAUCAUAGGUGGUCGCGAGAGCUGUUAGUUAUAGGAUGCAUGCGUGCGGUCCCAGGGUAGCUACGUCCUAUAAAUACUGCACUUUUUGUGCCUUCUGCGACUGUCUCCGAUGGUGUGCUAGAGUGAGAAUCUGAAACAUCAGACCAAUAAACCUCUUGUUCCAGUGUUUGCAUCUUUUUCUUCUAAACUGCUUCCUGGAACUUCCCAGUUCGCUUCUAUCGGCAGUUAAUCUUAUGAUUCGGAUGAACUACAGAUGCAGCCUCCCUUUCCAACAUAAAUGUAUAUUUAGGAUCCCCAACUAUAUUGGAAGAGCCGUCACAUAUAUUUAGACUCUCCGACAAGGUAGACUGAAGUACGGAAUUUGGCUACAAGAGUAUAGUAUGCGUCCACUGUGGUAAUUGUAGCAUGUAAAUGAGGCUUGGUGGUUCGAAAAUGUUUCGCAAUGCAGCACGACAUUUAACUAUGGUUGCUCAAUUCAGAUUACUUGAUAUAGGCGUUUUUUACGCAGUGAUUCUUGAAUUCCUCAAACGCAUAUGCUGCAGAGAGCGUUUGGAAUAUCAGUCCGGAGGUUGUUAGUUGGUCAAAAAGUUUGCUCACCUUGCCACGAAGUUCGCAUAUUCUCUCCCCUUCCUACCUUUUCUUAUCAUCUACAUCCCCUAUUCCUCUGGGCAGCCGAUACACGGCUUAUAUUAGUUAAUUUAGCUCUACCGGAGCCAGUGACUCAGAUACAUCUUAGAUAAGAAUAACUUCCCGUUAACGUUGAGAAUCCAAGACUCGCAGAGCCUGAAGCGGACUAUAAAGUCCGCAGGAAUCGAUGCGUUCGGGCCUACAACAACGGGUCGUAUACCUAGUUUACAAACUGUCAUUCUUUGUCCAAAAAAGGGAGUCAGCGCUGUCUAAUGGAACGUGCACAUCGUCAGUUACCAUGACAUAUAAUACCCAACAAUAUCCGCUCUCACUUCCUGCGGCAUUGGCAGUCAGCUUGCCUGACUUUGGCACGAAAGUGAUCAGAUUGCCAGGAUCCGACGUCGUCUGCCAUCGCCAUUGCGUUGCAAUCGUGCCCUACCUGAAGACGAAUAAAGAGGACAAACUUGUACCUUCCGCGUAGCCAUAUAACUAUAACAGACACAAUUGCCAACCUAAAUGUGGCUACUGACUGGGUCUUCACCUUAAACGCAGAGGGCGAUGAGGAGAACGAGUCUUACAACAAACUUUAUGGGGGCCUUUCUUGGUCCCUUCCAGAAACAUCAGAAUUUUCGCGGAGACUUUGAAUGAGAGUCCCGACAGGGCCGACCCGACAACCAGCAAUGUUCUUCACAUCGAUAGUCAUGCGAUAGUCGUGCGACAAUGACGACCGAUUAUCGCUUUGAAGGGUUUGGAAAAUACCAGGUUUCAAGUGCCGGCGAAUAGCUUGUUGGGUUGAUGUCCAAAUAACAAGUGGACUGCAGCGCAUACUGACUGCGGAGAAGACGCAAAUUCUGAAGCGAUGGGCCGAACACUUCCGAGGCAUCCUCAAUCGUCCCCCGACAUCUCCGACGUUGCCAUCGCCCGUCUGCCUCAGGUGGAGACCAGCGCCGACCUCGACCUCGCGUCCUUUCCACACGAAACCAUCAGGGCUGUGCGUCAGCCCUCCAGCGGGAAAGCGCCCAGAUCGGACGCGAUCCCUACUGGGACCUACAAGCACGGUGGCCCCCUGCAGAUCAACUCGGCCAACUGGGAAGACCUCGUCCGGAACCGAUCGACCUGGCACAGAGCAGUGAAGACCAGCGCAGGGAUCUAUGAUGCCAGCCGCAUCAUCCCCGCCAAAGCCAAACAUGAAGCUUAUAAAUCUCAACUGUUUCCGCCUCGCAACGCCGACAAAUAACCAUCCUGACCCGCCCACCAUGCCAGCAGACGCAUUGGACACCAACUGGUCUCAUUGGACAUCUUCGAACCAACUGCAGCACGCGGACGUCACCACCCGAUGUUCCCCCGUCCACCUCUGCCUCGCCCCCCACGCCGACAAUUAACAUUGACUGCACCCCUGAAACCCCACUGCCAUCCUCCUCCGUCGCCUCAACAUUCGCUGCGACGGCUCCUGCACCCCCACAGCCACUGCACUUCCUCCUAACACACCGACAAGCAUCAACCUCACCACCUCCAACACCAUUGAUGUGGAGUCGGUCCCUACUUGUCCUCACUGCGAUCGCACCGUCAUCUCACACAUCGGCCUAGUCGGUCACUUGCGAAUGCAUCGUACGGAGACUGGCGAACCAGUGCCUGGAGCACCAACGUACACCCGACACAGCCGACUCAAUUGCCCUCAUUGCACCCGCACAUUCACUCACCGCAUGGGUCUUCCAGGGCACACGCAUGUCUACGAAAACCUACGAUGGAAAACGGCCGACUACACCACAUCCUCCCCCACCUAAAACAGCAUCCACCACAACCAUCCAACUGCCACCUCCCACACAGGUGGGGAGUGUGCGUCCCGGUUCCAUCUUCUUGCGGCUUCUCUGCUGCAUGCGUGAUUCCAGUUUGAGACAAUCACGGUGCGUCAAGCGCCGCGGCUCGGAAGGCUGCUGACUGACGCCUCAAAUCAGCCCACGCAUCUGCCCAGUUAUGUAUUUGUAUGGGUUUGCGGACUGGUAGGCCGAGAGCCGGGUUGAAAUGGUUCCUUCUUAACGUGGCCUAUGGCACGCUCACGCAUGUGAGAUGUAUGCCGCCCAACCCCCGUUGUCUGAAAUCAUGACGCUUGUGUUUGGGGGGUCAGGUCGUGCAUGUGGCGUGCGCAGACAAGGUGGCUAGAUAUGUCAGCCAACGCGCCCAUCCCCCGCGCCUAUCAAAUGAUCAGUUGGACAGUGACUGGAGCCUGGGAAUGGGAAGAAAGAGUGUUCGACGACUCAACGCAUUUUUCUCAUUAUAGACCAUCUGAUGCGCUUGAAGUUGCCAGGGGACACUAGAAGCUGUGGCUUAAAAGGUUGUCAACUGACGGGAUUACUCGGACCUCGCAGUCGGUCCAGUGUUGAGUGUUUGUGGAGCAGCUAACUGGUGGUCUAAGAACCAGGUUGCAAUGCUCCUUCUUAAUGUUGUCUUUAUGGCACUCCCACUUCUUGGGAUCCGAGCCAGGUCUGACGGCACGUCUAGGUGCGGCUUCGGCCGCGCCAGCCCCCCUUGUAAUUGUUGGUUCAAAUCCCGGUCAUUUGCUGUGUGGACCAGGGGGUACGGAGUGGGGCGCCAAGAUGUGGGCUCGACCGUGCCAUCCACCUGUGCCCUCCCACGCCCCCCGGUCUUCUCGACUCUGUCUUGACACCAGGUCCUGGUGGGGGAAAAUGAGAGAGUGCCGUAGAUGCUGCGCAAGCUUGCACUCACUAUAGACUAAACGAUGCGGAAGUCGCCGUGUCUGCUUCACCUUGCUGAGGAGCACACGGUGGACAUCGUCGGACGUGAUGGUCGAACUGUUAGUUAAGCCUAUGCACAGACUCAGCCAAAUCCGAUAAACGUGGGUCAUGAACUCACGUGACCCCUGUUUAGGUUCAAUGCACCUGUAACGCAGCCGAUUUGGAGGGGGGUGGACUGACAAACUGAAAUUGAAUGUCCAAAAAACCAAAUGCUGUUCGGCGGCUAUGUACCUGAAACAGUGUGACGCCUCUUUCCGGAUAUUAACAUGAUGGAUAUAGUCUGUUAUUUCGUUUAUCUCGGCCCCUCAAUGCUCCCCGCGGACAAGUGUUAGGAGAUAGGUUUUCACGUAGGACUCACACGCAGCUUGUUCUGCGACCUUGAAGUGCCUGUAGUCUUGCUUUAAUAUUCAGCUGCGUUGUUCACCUGUGGAAGUUCGAGAUGUUUGAUAAAUCUUACCUCCCGCUGCAGGUCACGGAACACCUCUUGAAUGUCAAAUGCCACCUCUGUUUGGAUUCACUGACUGCUGACAGUGCAAUCGGCCGUAGCUGACUCAGAUGGUUUGAUUACGCCCUUACGCGACCUGCGAUGCCGUCUGUCCUGACCCCCUGUCCAACGUAGUUUCAAUGCCCCAUAGUUCACUAAAAGAUUAGUAGAGGUGCUUAAGUCAGAUUUGGGAGAUUGCUAGACCUGGCGGUUUUCGGUGUUCGUGAAUGAAACUCCUAUUGGGCAACAAUUGGUUGGGGUCUAACCAAAGAUUGCUAGAGAAGAGCCCCGCUGUUUCGCGACGAAAGCACACUAAUCUAGCCUCGCUGUCGACCGAAGCAAAUACCAGGAGUAAGUUGACAGGCGAAAUCACUAUGACCCGGUGGGGUUUGAGUAGUCUUGUUAAGUGCAGCCUCCGCUUCUGUACUUUAAGUUUAAAACACUUGAUGUUUGCGUCUUUUUAGGAGAAGAUGCAGAACAUCGCACAGCACUGUUUCCUUAUGGUAAAGGACAAAAUUGCGUCAAGGGUUGGACUCUUCGAAAUAUAUGGGAUGGACUUCAUGGUUGACUCGCACAUGAAUGUGAGAGGUUUGACUGUCUAUCCCUCGCUUUUGUGCCGUUAUAUUUAAAGGGUGGGCAGGUUGACUGUACAAAGUUAACAAAUAUCUCAACUGCACUUAUUUUCUUUAGAUUAUAUUUCCGUUUGCGACAAAACAGUUAAGAUCAGACAUAACAUGAGACGAAACUAUACGCCUCCAGCAUUUUACUUCAUUUUUACAUAGACAAAAAAUAGUCCUAAAAUUGUUUGACGUCCAUGGUCGGAUAUAGUGGAGCAAACGCACCCUUAGCGGCUGUUGGUAGUUUUAAACUAACCCAAGAAAAUAUGUAACAAGCAGAAAUUGCCUUCAAAAUGUUAGUGUCGUAAGUAUAUUUAAAGGACUGCACAUCUUCCGGGGUAUCUGUCAGUGUUCUCUUCGUAUAUCAGGAGCGAGGGAAGGCGUGGCUCUCUCAAAAAAGCACUGACACGAAAGUGUGCAAUUCUGUAGAAAGCUGAGGGACAGGUCGAACUUUCGCUAUCACGCCGAAUUCUCGCUGAAAUAUAAUGAUAGUGAUAGUGUCGUUGUUGGUGAUAGUGGUGGUGGUGCUGUUGCUGCUGCUGCUGUUGCCGCUGUUGAUGGUAAUUAUGAUGAUUAUAGUAAUGGUAGUUGUGAUAAUGUUGACGAUAGUGAUGACAAUAUCGGCGAUGGUGGCGGUGGUGACAGUGGCGACGACGACAUUGCUACUCCUCCUCCUCCUGCUGCUGCUGCCGCUGCUGCUGCUUAUGAUGAUGAUGAUGAUGAUGACGACGACGACGACGACGACGACGACGACGAUGAUGAUGAUGAUGAUGAUGAUGAUGAUGAUGAUGAUGAUGAUGAUGAUGAUGAUGAUGAUGAUGAUGAUGAUGAUGAUGAUGAUGAUGAUGAUGAUGAUGAUGAUGAUGAUGAUGAUGAUGAUGAUGAUGAUGAUGAUGAUGAUGAUGAUGAUGGCGAGGAUAAUUACGAGGCGGAGUAUUGUGUAGCUGGGGUCUACUAUUUACAACGAUGCUGAUAAUUAUGGUAAUAGGAAUCUGAAUGCCCACGCGGGGCAGAUUUAGUUGUUUGGCAUACGUACGGGUCAAAAUCCAUGUUAAGGCUUGCCCAAGCGACAACAUAGUGACGAGUAUUUCGCUCCACUCGGUAAUCAGGUCAGCUUUAGGUGAUUCAGCAACGUAAACCGGUGAACUUUCACCCCGCAGCGCUGGUGGCAGAUUCACCCCGAAGCGCCGGACUGCAUUUCUGGCCAGCGAAAUUAAGCUUGCACACUGGAAAAUCUCCUCCUUGAGUCUUUAAGAUCUUUGCUGUCGUUUUUUAGGUCUUUCUAAUCGAAAUAAACACGAACCCAGCGAUGUCCACAAAUUGCGAGGUGCUGAGGCAGGUGAUACCGCCCGUGGUCUCGGACUUCAUUGGUACGUCAAGUUGCCAGUCACUUGAUUAAGCUGUUUUCCACCUACCGAGUUUUUGUCGGCCGAGCUUGAGAUGACACUUCUGGUGUUCAUUGUGUUUGGGAAUGUCGGCGGAGGAGGUAGGGGCAAUGACAAUUACAUUAUUUCGGACAAAAUAUGCACCGUCAGAUAUUUUCGCUACUGGUGUCGUUGUCAGAAUCCAUGUUUUGACAGUCCGUGUCCUUUCCGUGCCUUGAUCACUUCACGAUUGAGGCUCGAAAGGCUGCCCGUUGACGUAAUAACUCGGUUCUCCAGGCUGGGGACGGGCUACAAUAGUACCUUUUUAAUGUGACGAUAUGGCAACUGGCACCGAUAUGAAGUCUGAGGAAGUCAGGUUCGUUUUCUUGGAACCGAGAAACCAAUACGUGUGGCAGACGCACAGGUGGAAUACGUCUGUGCUCAUUUAUACUUGUUCUAUUUUUUGAUAAGUGAAACCCAAACAGGUUAUGAAGAGCUAACGAAGUAGAUUCUGUGCAAGCCUAUCCCGCCAUAAUCCAACCUAGGUCUAAGUUACAGUUGGCCUCGUCAGCAUUUUUAACUCCUGUGGUGUGAUGCACGAGACUUAACAUGUAACGCAUGCGAAUAAUGUGGCUUGCACGCCCAUCGGGCAUAAAAAAUAAAUGUUAGUGGGUGCAAAAUCGCCAUCUUUGAUAGUUUUCAAUUUCGCGCGGUUUUAUAAAAUAACGCUAGCGCUGUCGAAGAUAACUGACUUUGUGACAGUCGGACAAACCGCCUUUCCGUUUUGCCGUAUCAGUAAAUAGUGUCAACCUAAAUAUUUUUGCAGGCAAUAGUAACUGCCUCUGCAGCAGCAAUAUGGACUCUUUCCCAACCUGUCCCCGCUGUGAUCGUACUUUUACGUCACGCUUCUGUUUGGUCGGUCACUUGCCAAUCCAUCGCGCGGACGCCCCGACAUACACUCGCCGCAUGCUCCUCCUCUAUCCGCACUGCCCGCGCACAUUUACUUAUUGCAGGGGCUUGUUCGGCCACAUAUGCAUCUACGACAGCGGAAUUCACCGCAAUAUCGACACACCAAGCACACCCUCCACCUCCGACAACUUUUUCAUCUCCAUCUUAAUCAAGUCCCUAUCGACUGGCGCGACCAUCAUUAGCAGCAUCGCCAACAUCGACUCAGUAGCUCCCAAUCUAACCUGCCGAUCUUGCCGCCGCAUAUGCACAUCACGUCUCAGUCUAGUCGGUCACUUGCGAAUCCAUCACAUAGAAACCGGCGAACCAACGCCUGAAUAACCAACAUACACCCACAUUGCUCACUCACAUUCAGUCACCGCAUGGGCCUAAUCGGUCUCUUGUGCAUCCUUAAAAACUUGCGGUAGAAUACCGCCAGUCAAAACCCGUCACUGCAUAUCUCCUCACCAGCACGCACACCACACCCAAACCCGUCCCUCAUCCACCACAAGCAUCGAAUCGGCGGUUUCCAUACAAGUGGUAAUCGUGCUCUUUGGCUUCUCCUCCGUGUAGUCUCCUGCCACUCUAACACCCGUGAGAUCCGACGAGUCCACCCUGUUGUGCGAAAUCCCGAUGUGCUGUGUGGGAGCCAGGUCGUGCGUGUGGACGGCGCAGUCGGACUCUCUAGCUCUGUUAGCCAUUGUGCCCUGUCCCCGCAUCAGACAACUGACUGGCUCGGUAAGUUGGCUGGUGCCUGGAAGAGGGAAGAGAGUAGGAGGAGGUCGAUGCCCGGAGUAUAUUCCUCACUGUAAAAAAUUAGACACGCUUGGUGUGUUAAAAAGUGUGAUCUAGAUGGCUGCCAACUGACCGUAAAACUCGGUUCUCUUCUCAGGGCGGAGAGUCAGGCGGCAAUGGCUCCUUCUUAAUCUAGUCUUUACGGCACUCCCACUCAGUUGGGAUCCUAGUGGCCCUUCCCCUUUCUUGUUAUGUGAAAUCCCGAUUCUUUGGGCCUAGACCAGUGGAUAUGAUGGCCCACCUAGGUAUGCGUUCACACCGCGCCAACCACCUACUCCCGAUCCCGCCUCCGGUCUUCUUGGCACCGUCUUGACACCGAGUCCAGCAGAGUGAGGACGGGAGAGUGUGUUGGGUCAGCGCGUGUUUAUUAUCACUAUAUACUAAUUCACACGCGCCUUUCUGUCCCCGCGUCUACCCUGCUGUGGGAUACACGGCAACCAUCGUUGGAAACGACAAACGGACUAUCAUAGUCAGGUUUUACUCAGAUAUUAUUGAGAUCGUACUCCUAUUAAACUCAAAUGCAGGCCACGAUGACUCAUUUUUAAUUUGAAUAACUAGACUUUCAUACCCAGCCUCGUCACUUGUCCAGUCAAUGAACCUGAAGCCUUCAUAGGAAUCAGCUUAAGAAGGCCUUUUAGCGCUAUGGAGGCGCAGACCUCAAAUGAGAGAGUAGAUUCCUCGACUUGAGGGGAAUUGUCUCCAACAAGGCCGCAUAUUACGACGAAUUCGAGAAAAUCGUUAUUAUCAAAGAUGGGCAGGGAUUGUGACGCUACAAAAUACAUACGCCAUUCUCAAUUAGGAACCCAGGGACUGUCUACCAAUGUAUGCCUUCGAAGACAACGUUUUCUGAAAUUCACAGGCCUGUUGGGCAACCUAAAUAGCAAACAGGUUUCUCUAUAUGUCCAACAUUAGACGAGAUUGGAGAGGGGAAAAAAUACGAAGAUGUGAUCACUGGGACGGUAGGUUUAUUAGUUUGAGCCUUCGAACUCGUGCAGCAGUCCACCAUCAGAGACUGUGGCCUUUCCUUCUUCAUAUUGUUAUUUAUAGCACCAGUGGGCGAGCGGUCUUUUGCGUCGGAUCGACAUUUUUGUGUGAAGUAGAAACCGGGCGAGGUGCACCAUUUAGGCAUAUACAUGAACCAGAAAGUGAAAAGCCCCCUUAGCAUGGUCAGAUUAGAAAAAUACGGUUUUGUAACAGAAUAAACAGCGUCCGAUCAUCGACUGACACGGCCCUUUGAUCUGAAGCUUUCUAACUCUAAUCCUUCAAACAAAUGACGAGUAUUCCCUGCGCUUUUCAGCUUCUAUGCUUUACUCUUAUAACCCACUCUAUGGACCCUCUAACCCUCGAAUAGAACAACGAAAAACUUUGCUUCUGCAAUUUCCCUGAUUAUUCGCAUAUUAUUUGAUAUGUCAGCGGAUAAAAGGUUGGUAAGUCAGACCUCUGGAGGCGGUGUCCUACUCCUGACUGACUGAAAAAUGGUUCAUCUUUAUCAAUUAGCUGUCAGAUUGUCCUUUAUUUACGAAUUGUAUUGGGUGAAUGGGCGACUUCGCGGAACUCAUCAGUAAUUGUACUUCUUACUUUACAUUGUAGAUAUCAGUGUCGAGUGUUUUGAAAAAGCGAGAAGAUGGAAACCUCUUCUCCCACUACAGGGAAUCACACCACUUCUGUGCGGCUACACUGAGUCCCAGACCAGUCAGCGCAGUUGGGUUGUCUCAUUAAAUCCCCUACUUAGUGAUGAGGUCAUUGUAAACUAUGGUUUGCCACCUUCCUUCACCGUACUAUACUACGAAACACUGGACAUGGCGAAGAGUAGGAAGGCCGCCAGCAACGAGGUACCUCUGCGUUUGUGGACUUCCCCUCAUUAUCCACGACUGGAUAAUGGAGAGAAUGUGAAGCACAAGGGAGAGAGUGAGAAGGUUAACGUUGUCAACCUUGCCUCUGCACCGUCGAAUAACCCGGCGAAGUUGCUGCCCGCCAAAUUCCCCGGUCAAAUGGCUUCAGUCAAGCCAGUCAAGAGUCCAUCGCCAUCAUCCCAACCACCCAAACCCAAGGUACUUACUCAUGGUCCUUCAAAAGACUACCCGGGCCGUGUGCGCUUGGAGACGAAAGUACCACACAGCAGGUCGUCGCCUCUAGCGGCUCCCCGAACUCUUCUUAAUGACAUUGUACCCAAGAGCACUAAUGUCAACUGUUCCCUUCUCAUGUCAACACUACUCGACCAACUAGGACCUACCUACACUCCUAAAAUAUUCCCACCCGCAUCGCCAUGCGCCUUCCUGGUUGGGGAGGAAAAUGAGGAGGAUGGAAACCGAGCUCGUCAGAACUUGAUGAAUAAUUCGACAUCCGCGGAGAGGAGCAACGAUCGGCGCGACGGGGUGUCAAACAACGUAAGUCUUAGAUGUCGCAAUCUGGCCAAUCGGAUUCUCGCGCCUAUCACCAAAAUUGAAGUAAUCACAACGAAAAUUCCUGGACAGCCCCCAAGACAAACCUCCCAGAUGGAUGGGCGCAUGACCUCCUCGAGUCCGCUCUUUCAGAGACGGUGGGCAGAUAGAUUCAGUCAAGCGGUUUAAUUUCUGUCAACAAACAAUAUGUUCCAUUAUUUCAAAAGUGAGUACUAAUUCCUGAGUUACUGCUGUGUGCCUUUGUUUUAAAUUCCUGUUAUAAAACGUCAGCGUGGCCUUAACUUAACAGCUUGGGCACCUGUGAUAUGAUCAAACUCUAAGUUUGUAUAAGGCGUUUUAUUGUUUUAAAUCCAAAUCUGGAUUUAGCAGAAAAAAAUGCGCAGUAAAUGGUGCAACAGUUCUUUGUGAAUUAUGUUUAUAAAUGAUUUUGAUGACCACACCACGCGUUCAAGUACUUGGACGUGAACGAGUUUGAUCGGUGAUAAUUUAAGACAAAUUGUAAGCGACAUCUUAAUACCCCCCCUAUUUUUGACGGCCGUAAAAUCAAGCUCCUUGCACUCACUGUCUGCUUUUCAAAUAUUUGAGCAAACUAGGCACAUCAACUCCCGAGCUUAAUGCUGCAACUGACGAAUGUUGUUUUUUUCCAUUGGUAGAGGGAAAACACUAUUCAGUGUCCACUUUACUCGGACUUCUGUGUACCUGUUUCAACACUACUACUUCUGUCGACCUUUCAAACGCAAAGUCCAGAUUUCCGUUUUGUCGAGUAAAAUUUAUUUGCACAAAAUGUUCAUUUUUCCUUUUCUGUACUCAUUUGCUGUGGCUGUAUAUACGCGAUGUUUCAUAAAAACCUAAUAGGUGAGCCGGCCAUUAGGUUGUGCUGUUAACUGCAAGCGCGCAUAUCAUUUGCAUAACCAACUAACUAAUAGGCUGCAGCGGACCUGGACAAUUAUCCGCGACACCAUGGGUCAGAUGGAGCGUCUUACCUGAGGGCCAAACGCCCGGUGCUGGAUUCCUUCACCAGAACCUUUCGCAUCAGUCGACCACUGAUUGAAUGCUUGUGACACCGGGCAAUAAAUUUUUAAAUUCUAGGAUCUGUGGGACGCAGAAUAUGUGGCUACUACUGCCCCUUACCUCGGCAAAUAAAUGCUCUUUUUCUUUCGGUUGCAUCACAUUGCGUUUUAGAGAUAGAGUAUUGGUGUGUCCACGGCUAGAUUGUCGUGGAACGGCCUCCGGAGAUAACUAUCCGUAAAACAGACAGGUUAUAGGGUGCGACGGAUAGGCAGUCAUGGACCAGCAGCGACAGUACUACCAGGAUGCGAAGGACCGAAGUCUAGUUUGCUGACUGCCUCAUAAACUAAGCUAGAGCCCGUUGACGGCAUUACGAUACGGCGAUCAUGAAUCGUAGCUAAAUAAGUUUGCAUGUCAUUGUCGUCCUUUGGUUAAGUUUUUGAGCUUCUGGGAACCGACGUAGGCUCGAAAUGCUCGGAAAUUGCGCGAACAUGUUCAAUUUUAGUCGCACGAUUCAUGUUACGUCGUCCGAGAUAAUCGACAUGAUCUACGGCUCUGGCUCAGUGGUGCGUUCAAAUCGUAAACGAGCUGAAGUAAUGACUCACGAGCUGACCCGUAGUUUUGAGCGCUAAAAUUUGCAAAAGCCCCUUGGCCUCGGUACUCGAAAUCUGACUGUGCGCAGUAUGUAGAUGCUUGCUGUUUAUCUGAAUUUUGCACUCCUGACCCUGGCGCUAAGGUAAUCAAAGUCCUGAUGGUUCAAUCCUGCUCAAAUUGGCACUAUACUACGGCAUUCUGUGCAUCUUUGAUGAACACGAUGAUACGAUGACAGCUCUAGGGACAGGCAAAGCACGCAUCGCCUACGUGAGGACCAGUAGACGGCCGGCUAACUCACACGGAACUCUGUCGACACAUACUGUUUCCGGCUGCCCCCCACAACCAGCUACCGAUCGUUGAGGUAAAGAAAGCCUCUGCUCGCACCUCCAAGAACUGAUUGAAAGACUUUUGCCACAAUCUGUUUAUUGUUGCCGAUGCCUGAAAUGGUCGGACAGGGACAGGCGACUACUCACACAAUCACCUUAUAGGCGGUUCUUAGCUUGGUUCUCGGCGCCACAACGCCGGAAGGGAAGUUCGGCUUUUUGACUAGAACCAGUCGAUUGACAGUAGCAGGCGCCUCAAGCGUAAAUGUACUGAAUGACUGUCUGCGUAGUGAAGGGCGGCACUACUGCCAACAAAGCAGCCAAGAUCGAGCCCCGUGUGUGAACUUUUCAAGCAGCCUCCCUAUUUAAAUGACUAACCCACCACCGUCACUGCCCUCUACCCUGCAGCGCAGUUUAAUCAUACUAAAGUCCAUGUUGAGGUUUGUGGCCCUCAUUCGCAAGAAGAAAAAGGGUCGGAUGUGGUUUGGUAGCCUCACCUGAAGUAAGGAAACUCCAGUCACCUCUUAUACGGGACCGGUGCUAAUAGGGUUUUUUACAGGUGUGGUCGGGGAACGCACAGGCGACGAGGUCAAGUAGUCGUAUGCAAAAGAAAAGCUAUUGGGAAUGCGCGGUUGUACUUUGAACGGGUGAGAAAUAAUUGCGCUAACCCCUAACACUAACCCUGACCCCUAACCCUUAAUCCCAACUCCAACAAUAUUGUGUUCAUCAAGUGGGGCUACCAAACCACAUCUUACCAGAAAAAGAAGUCAAUGUAAUGUCCGAGGUUGUACAACGACAAGUCACCUGGGGGCGAGGGCAUCCCACUAAAGCCCACAAGUCAGUUAGAGCCGUGGAUCGGUAGAGCAACGGAGUGCUUGGGCAAGCAUGAAGAAAUGAGGUCGUUCCCGACGACUGUGGUUCGGCCAUUUUCGUGAGGAGGGAUAAAGACAAAUCUAAGAGUUGUGGUGGGAUACAACGGCCGUUGCCAAUGUCGUUCACAUUGACCUCAGAAGUUAAAACGUUGAUUUGAAUUAUAUCUGUGUCUGCGCUAUGCAGCUGUCAAGAACGCCUUAUAUUCACAGACACAACUAAAAGGUGAAACAAAGGACUUGAGAAACCCACUCCGGUUUAAAAGUGGGGCAACGGCAGUCUCAAGAGACCUUUCUUGCGUCCACUACUGAAAAUCUGUGAAAAUCUCGAAGAAUGAGAUCUGGCGUUUUCCUAUGACUUGUCAUUGUAUGAUACCACUUUAACGACCUUUGUAAUCAGAGGCCUUUGAUGGGCUUAUUUUCCUCAUAAAGUCACUUUCUGUUAUAUAAGCAUCUAGCCUGCCCAAAAAUACGUCGAUAUGAGGCUAGAGCAGAGCUUGAUUGAAGGUGAGGAAAGCGAGGGGUCGGCACAGCCUGCGGAGGAAGAAUAAGGGUAGAAGACAUCGCCACUGGCGUUGAUUAUCUUUUUGCUGGUAUCUACUCACAAGCAGUUAAAGCUUGCGUUAUCGUCAGGAGAGUGUCAACCGAGGUGCAUGCGCCUGAACUUCGUCCGGUGGCGGCCAAUCGGUGGAGAGAAAGAUAUCGAUCGACGCCACGGCGUCGCGAGCCGGAGGUUGAGUCACGCGCGUACUCAUUGGUUGUCAGGUGGACCGAAGAGACAUUUGCAAACGGUGGGGCUGACGGCCGUGAGAGCGGACAGCUACAGAAGUUCAAAUCGACCGCAACGUGAAAUGCGUCAUAGAGGCCGCUAUCGCAUUACACACUGUCGUUGGGGUGGAGGAUAAAGGCAAACACUGAGUAAAGGAAAGUUGACCUUUAUGGCAACCCGGGGCGCACACUCGCAUUCGACGGUGGAAGGAAGGGAAAUGUCCAACAGCUAAAAUGAAAGCGCCUGUUUCAUAUAACUGCGAGCUACCCACCACCUUUCUUGGUGACCAUUGCAAAUGUGAUCAUUUCAUGGAAGAGAGAAUGUAGUCACAUAAGAAGGGUGUUUUACAUACCCCUGUUACAAGAAAAAUUUUUGGGCAUUUAAGAAUCGUCAAAUUUUGAAACGAGGAUAUAUUAUUUAUCAGGAUCCUGGCAUUUAAAAACGUUUUAAGGAGACGUGCAGUUUGCCCGCGAAGUAUGGAAAGAGGAAGUGCAGAUUGACUAUUCCCAUUCAGCCGAGGGGAGAUAAAACAUGGACUUUGUCAUGAAGGUCUUUGUCAUCCUCAUGCCUAGGCGGAUUUAGGACGUGCAUCACUUGAAGACAAAACAACCACACUGGGUUCCGAGCUGGUCCUUGAUGCACAGACCAAAUAUUCACACGUCAGCACAUUGUGCUAACAAAAUUCAGGGCUCUGGUCCGGUUAUGCUACCACUUCAUCCGUGCUCGAGCUCUGGCCCAUAGCAGCAUAUUCACACCGUUCGAUAUUCGAUCUGGCAUCCUACAAUCUUACCUUGUCUCGCUCGUAGUUUAACUACCACCAAGAGGUUUCGACGGCGUCGAAUUCGUACCCGAAUGCUGGCUGACUAGCAUUAACUACACUGAGGAGAUCGGUCUUCUAGGGUGAAGGCGGAAUGAACCACAGUGUAGUGUGUUGGAACUGGAUGGAUCAAUAUAUCAAUUGGUCUACCCAUCAUUGCUAAGAAGUCUAGUAUUUUCUAAGUGCAAACACAACCGGAAGAAUGCAUCCCUCCGAAUUAAUUGUUGUUCACUUGAGUAUUCGGGUUUUUCGAACACCCCGGGAUGAUUUGGUUGCCAAAUUGACGGAAGGCGUGAUAUCGUCGACCAAAUCCAUGCUGCCCCUGGAUUUUCACAAUCCUUAAAAUGUGUGUGUAUGGAUCCGCCGCGACAUCUACAUCAUCAAAAAGAUCCACAUAUACUGGAAAUCUGUCCUAUCAGUUCCACCGUACGGCCACGAACGCUGGGCUAUGCCCUAGGAUGACAAACGAACGCGGAGGGAGCUCGAGGGAGACCCCAAAGGCGCGACGGGGCGAAUAAGCUCCGUAGAGCGCUUGGUGAGCGCCCCUCUGUCAUUGUGUACGUCCGAACGCAGCCGACAAGACAACGAGCCCGCGGCUCAGUGGUCAGGACGUUGAAUUUCUAACCCUAGGGGUUGUACACCUCAGGAUAGGGUAUAGCUGGUUAACGAGGAAUAAUAUGCCAGAAGUGGCCAAUCCAGUCUCUCUUGUCUUUGUUGAUUAUGUUUUUUUGAACAGAGACUUGGGAAACCAUCAUUACCUGAGAGCCAUUUUCGAGUGGAAAGCACCGACUUGGUUACGAAUGAGACAGUCUGCACUGUCUGCCAAGGUAUCAUGAGGAUAUCUUAUGCUGUCCAAGAAAAACAGUCGAAGUUGUUUGGGCACGUUCUUCGUUGUCAAUCCCAUGACUUCAGUGCUGCUACCCGCCUGGAGGCUUGGAAGCGGUCACCUCCAUGUGAGGGUCAGCACAGUUUGUUAAGUCAUGAGGGUGGUUGCUGACCCUUCUCUAUUCCGUCUCUAUUGCUACAGGGGAGAGCGGGUCAAGUUUUACAAAUCCCUAGCCGUAGCUCGUCAUGCAUGGAGGGGUGCAAUUCGGGACACCGAAGUGACCGGCGAGAUCUUGUCUAAUCGAAACGGUACCCGAUAAAAGGGAUGAGGGACGCUGCGAACUUCUAUACACAGUUACUUCAGACAAGAAACCACUCUCAAGUAGGGAAUAUUCUGCGACAAUAGGUGACAUACGGAAUUCAUGCAAGGGCGAGAUUGGUAAUGAUGCGUCAGUAUCGAGGGUUGGUCGACCAGCACCGGCCCAACUUGAAGAUGAGGCCAUAAAUCUAACAACGCAGACGCUCUCGCACGAAUAUGGCACAGCGAAGAGCAAAACAACAGCAUUGAAUCUGGCUGGAAUCAGUCAGAAAAUCUCCAGCAAAAUGAACACCAAUCUGGAACAGAUUUGAACCACAGAGAAGGAGCAUCGUGAGCAGAAUUAAGAGGGACUACGGAGUGUCAUUUCUGCCACCGCCGCCUAACUGGCCGGGCCACGUAUUGAAACACUGGGACUGCUUCGCUGACAAACACGACGAAAUUCAGGAACUGAUAUGUGGAGACUAAGGCAAAGCUCAGUCGCCUGUUCUCCCCGUGGGAGGCAGUCAGAGCAGUGUAGCAUAUGUCCAGUGGAAAAGUCACGACCAUGAACUCCUUUUCCACCAGGAUAUACAAAUACUAUGUCCCGUAGCACAUUUAUGAAUUUAUCUUGUUGGUCAGGAUUUGGCGAUAGCGAAACACAGAGGCUUCAAGAACGAAUUUGUUGUUCACCUGUACAAAUGCAAAAAAGCCUACAAAUCUGCGAAAGAAAUCAGAUUCAGUGAACGUAUGUUUUCAAUAUUUCAGCAUCGAGCUUGUACACAUACAAAUAAAGUCCGGUAAAACAAAUAAAUCUGAAAACAGCCAAUGAACAGUAGACAUGAGGGAGAGGGUUGAAAGGGCAUAAUCGCAUUUUUGGAUCCCGAUAGGCCAUCAGCACCGCAAGCUGGGGCAAGCUGUAAACACCAGUGAUGGAAUUCACGCGUCUCGAGUGCUUUACGCUGGUGGUCGUGGAAAUUUACUGCGAAAUGAUAGGACGUUUCACGGAAAAUGGAUCAACAUGCACGACCUCCGUAACAAAUGGGACGAGUCAGGGUUGCUUCCUACGCUCAACUCCCUUCGGCUUCAUGCGUUUUUAUGAUGCUGAUGGACGCCUAUCGACGGAAUAGACCAGACAGCGUUAACUAUUCCUCGGCAACUGCAGCUGCGAUAAAACGGCCAUCUCUUGUGAAUGGAAGAUAAAAACCUGUCUGGGUGACUGUUUUACGGAGAUAACGCUCACGGACAAAGCGGACAAUCACAGUGCUACAAGGAUAUCCGGUCUCACUUAGAGUAUGCAGUCCAGGCCUGGCGACCGUGGUUGAAGAAAGAUUAUUAACGACUGGAAAGAGUACAGGCGAUGGCUAUGAAGAUGGUCAAGAAUCUUCAUCAUCUACCUUAGGAAACCAGGCUGACUGAACUAAAUCCGUUUCCUCUAAAUUACAGGCAACUGCGCGGCGAUCUCAUUCAAACCUACAGGAGUGUCAGAAGCCGUGAGUGCGCCCUAGACUUUGAUGAAUUCUUCAGAUUGUCCGGGACUGACCAUCUGAGUGGUCAUCCGUUCAAACUGCAGAGGAAGCUGACUCAUUCGGACGUCCGACGGAACGCCUUCUCUCACAGGGUCAUUGGGACAUGGAACGGACUCCCUGAUGCGGUGGUUCUUUCCGAAACUGUCGAAUCCCUUAAGUGUAGACUAGAUGCUCAUUUGCUGAGAAACUACUGUACAUAUAAUCACGACUCUUUUAGCAGCGGCAGUUUGCGCCUGGCUCACACUUACCGCUAACUUUUGAAUUUCCGCAUUCGCUGAUGUAAUUGAUGAUUCUAUUUCUGUUUAUCGAUAUGAAUAGGGAGCUCAAGGGCGAAAGCCUCAUUCCCUUAAUAACCUGACUAAACUGACUGAAGAACACCCGCAAGCACUUUCAAAUCAAUCCGAAGACAUGAGCUAAUCUCGUCCAGGACCGACAGGUCUGGGGCAGCAAUCUAUGAAGUAAACAGGAUUGUCACGACUUAAGCCAUAGGGACGGCUUGCAAGUCCAAAACGCCUCCGACUCACAACGCCAGCAUCCAACCCCUUCCACCAUGCUCACGCACUCAAUCGACAUUCCGUGCACCGAUCGGCCUCGUCAGACACCGCCCGUACUCAGGGCAUUGACAGACCUACAGCUCCAUCUGCUGCCUCUGCAGACCCCCCAUCCUCACCCCUGCACCAACCUUACGACGGUAAACACCACCACAAUCACCACCACCGCCGCCGCCGCCGCCACCACACCACCACCACCAUCACCACCACCACCACCACCACCACCAGAGGUGAUCACGCUCCUGAUGCCAAGACGCCUCGGCCGAUGUCGUCGGUCAAACAUCUUUAUAAUCCAUGCCACAACCCUGCGAUGA